AUGAGCCAUAGCAAGUAUACCACUGUCGAUCCUGAGGACGAUAUCCUCUUCUCUGUUGAUGAUGAGCCAAACUUCAACGCUUCUACCGGUGAUACCGGGGUUGAGGGGAUCACUGGUGGAUAUAGUAGUGCAGAUCAGACGAAGAAUGAAGUGCAGAAAAGGGGGUUGUUUAAUGCACUUGCUCCGUACUAUCAGAUAACUAGUGAGCAGCUUUAUCACAAGAUUGCGACAAGCGUAAUGUUUGGUAAGGUGCACAGUGCGGAGCUAGGUCCUAACGCCAACAUUGAGGUGUACUCUACGAUAUGGGUGAUUAUCAGUGUUGUUGUCAGUCUUUAUAUAUCGUAUGGCGGUAAGCAGCUGGUGGAACACAUGAUUGCAGGAAGUAAGAUAAGUGACGAUAAAGGAACGUACACUGUGUUGCUGGGGGUAUUCUUUUUGUUUACAGGGUACGUGGUUGCUGUUCCCUUAAUAUUGAAGGCUGUAGUCACAUACGUGUUUAACGAGAACUUAGGCGCAGUAGAGCUGAUACAGUGGUAUGGUCUUAGCUGCGUUGUUUGGAUACCUUUGGCACUAGUUAGUGUUUUAACAAGCCUCUUACCGAAGGGGUGGAAUGCGUUAGUUGAAUGGUUGCUUACAGCUGUAGGCGGAGCAUAUGGAUUUGGUAUUAUUUACAAACAGAUCCAGGACGAUUUGAACGAAUUAUCUAAGAAACAAGCUGUUUCUAUAGCUAUGGUUGUAUUGCAUUUUGUAUUUGUGAUUGGAGUGAGACACAUGAUAUUCUAA